CACAUAUGUUUUAAGAUUUUAAAGCUUUUAAAAUGUACGGUAGAAUGCAACAAUGUGCUUGAAUUUGUUUGCUUCUUCGUCAGCUUAUUCGUUUGCAGACUAGAAAAAUGGCGAACAGCCAUCAAAAUACUGAUUCAAAAUACACACAAAUGGGUGCGCGCAGCAAAAUUCAGCCCUAAUGGCGAAUGUAUGCGAACGUUCACCGGGGGAAGAGGUAUGGGACGACAGCUGGCAUGGCAUCCAGACGGCAAUCUGGUGGCUUUAGCAUUAAGUUGUAACCGCGUUAAGAUAUUUGACAAAGCUGAAGGCGAGCUAAUACAGUGCAUUCGUCGCCGGAGAAUGAUGUUGCAUUUCACCCAAGUGGAAAUUUCUUGGUGACUGGCGGCGAUGACGAUACAAUAAGAUUGCUUGAUUUAUUAGAAGGUCGGCCAAUUUAUACACGUUGCCCGUUUGGAAAUCUAAUUUGCAUACAUUUGAUGCCAAUAGCGCGCAACAAACAAGCCAGUUCUCAAAGAGCCCAAAUUGAUUUUAGUCAUGCAACAGCUCCACAUAACUCCGCCAUAGACACACCAGUUGCUGGAGUACCAAAAAGCUGUGAUGACAGUAUUUUAAUUGAUCCACGACAAUCGGUGGCAUAUGGAAUGCGUGAUGGAAAUUUUCUGGUGCUUGAUAGCCAAUAUACUACAAGAGUGAAACGCUACAAUUACAUUAAGAAGCUCAUAGAGGACAGAGCGGUUGGUGAGGAAGGUGUCGAGUUACUGCUGUACUGCAACUGGGAAAAUCCGCAUUUCGCACGUGCUCCACUCGUAUGGAAUAGUAGCUUAUGUCGAAAGGCUGGUUUUAGUAUAAUGCAGCAUUCGCAGCAUACCCUCACUGGCGCCGAGCCGUUGAAGAAAUUUUGGAUAAAUAAACGUGCAAGAAAUAGUUCCGAUACUAGCACGUCCAUAUUCUUGUUAAGGGUCAUCAAAAAAUUCCUUGUGUUGUAAAUAAUAAAGGGAAUGCCGGAUUAUACUAAAGCCAGCUUCCCGACAUAAACUACUAUUCCAUACGAACACAGAAAUAUAAAUGUAUCUAAAACUGAAUAACUCAAAUCAAAUUGGAUUGCAUUUGCAUAAUAUACCUAAUAUUGGAAUCUGUUUUGAUCGUAAAAAAUACAACUUGCAAUCAUUUAGAUUAUAGUUUUGAAAGAAAUUGAUUGCAAUCGUAAAUUAUAUAAAAAUUGUCAAUAACAAUCUGCCUAAAAUUUAUUUUCCCCAUGUAACGGUUAUAAAAUACGUUAAAUCCGCACUAUCUGCAUUAACAAAAAAUAUACAUUGGAAUAUUUAAAAUAAACCGAUUCAUAUUUAUUUUCUAAUAA